AUGACCUUUGACAGCAUCAGGCGAAAAUACACUAAUUUGCAUGUUGGACAAUACGUAAUGCUGAAAAGGAAGAAGUCAAACUUCAGGGUUGAUGCCCGAACUUUUAGCAACGGCCGUGCCUCUUUUAACUGCGGAGUGGCCAUGCGUGACGGAACUGACGUCAUCAUUCUGGACAUGUGCUGGGGCCGCAUGGGCACAACGUACCCUAAACUGGAGAUAAGAAACAGGGCGACGUUCUCAAACAAGACAGAAAUUGUCCAAAGUGGGACGGGGAACCAGUUUGUGUUCAAGUUUCCUUCCGGAGCAAUUGUAACUGCUAAACAGAUGAAAAACUUCUUGAAUCUGGCCAUUUUUGUUCCUGACACGUUCAGAGGCGAUACUGACGGUCUUUGUGGACGAUUUGACGGUAACCAAGACAACGACUUGAAAAUGCCCAAUGGCAAUGUUGUGAGAUUUUUCCAGAAUCCUUCGCAGAAACCAUAUCAGUUCAUUGAAUCAUGGAAGGUCCGUCGCAGGUACCGGGUAUGA